UUACAUCUGUAAUGCAAUAAAUAUACAAAUCCAAAAAGUUUCUCAUAAAAUAACAUUAAAGAUCGGUUUUUAGCAGAGUGGAUUGGGUGCAAGCAUAGAGAGUUGGCGACAUGUCGGCUCGGCGCGCGCAGUCAUUGCCGCCGCAUAUGCUUGACCAAAAGCCGACGCGCGGAAAAUGCAUUACUGCGAUUUGCUUUUCAUGGAAAGUCAUUUCGUGUGUUGUGUCGCAUGUGAUUCUGGUGUUAAUGGUGGUCUCAUAUUGCGUUGGCGGCGCUUACCUCUUUCAACACUUGGAAAUGCCACACGAGAUUGAAGUGAAAAGGGACAUUCAGUACUUGCGUUUAAAUUUAACUGAUAAAAUUUGGCAUUUCUCCGAUAAUGCAUCUGUCCUCUCCGAAAAUGAUUGGAUCGCCAAUGUGAUGAAGGAUUUGGCUAGUUUUGAAAAGCAAAUAGUGACUGCCAUUAAAACUAACGGUUGGGAUGGUGAUGAGGACGUCCGAAAGUCACAAUGGACCUUUGCUGGCUCACUUUUUUAUUCGAUCAUCGUUAUAACUACCAUAGGCUAUGGACACAUAUCUCCGCGGACGGACUGGGGUAAAGUGACCACCAUUUUUUAUGCUAUUGUGGGCAUUCCUCUCAUGCUGCUGUGCCUUUCCAACAUCGGGGAUGUGAUGGCCACUUCUUUCAGAUUCAUAUAUUGGCGCGUUUGCUGUUAUGUUUGCACCCGCGCCGCACGCCGUCCACGUCGCCCGCGACACCGCUCUAGCCGCGGCCAACGGUACACCUCCCGCUCUCAGCCACCACCUGUACGACGAUCUAUACGCCUUACACAGCGCUCGGCGGGCGAUUCCGGUUUUGGAAAUUCGGUGGGUUUACCGCACGCUUAUUCAGAUCCGGAAUUACGUGCUGGGCGUUACGACUACGAUGGCGGGCGUAGUAGUGGACGUCGGCAUCAACACAUCAGCAACCAUCAGCGCAACCGCCAUAUACCUCCUUAUCAGUACGACCAACAGUAUUACGAUGAGGGGCCCCGACAUACACAAACCCUCAAUCGUGGCUCAAGAUUCGGACGCAGCAUGCGUAACCGCGAAAGCAUACGCGGUCGACACACCGUCGAACGUGAGCGCUACGUAGGACACUCGAAGCAACGGUUUGGUUCAAUUGAAGAUCUAAACGUACCACCGUCGAAGCGCUCGUAUAGCAUGCGAUCAGUGCGCGCGUCCAGUGCACGCCGUGACGUUGCUCCACCACCACCAACGGCGCGCAGUGAGGCGCGUGAGUUACGAGAAGCGCCGCGUGAGACACGUGAAAUGCGCGAAAUCAAUCGAAUGAAUCCUCGCACAAUGCAGCGCGGCCGAUCCGUACCACAUGCACCAGUUACGGCGCGCGCCAAAUCUGUUGACCCGCGCAUUCAUUACGAGGACGUCGUCGAUGAGGAAGUUGUGCGCAAGACUCCCAUCAUACCCAACCGAUAUGCAAUCGAUGAGCUCGAGCAUAACCAGCACCGUGAGCAACGCGGCAAGCACAUGCCACGCAGCCAAUCAAUGCCGCGCUCCGCACUACUCAAAAACAGUUACCACAACGAUCAGCGCAGCAAUGGCGAUAGCUCCUACCAUUCACACCACAAUCAACCGCGCCAUGCAUCUCCACAGCCAACACACCGACAACAAUCCGGACAUCAGUCACACUUUGGCGAUAGAUUGGAGUUACCCGAUUUCGGUCCACAUCCAAUGAAUCGCUCAAAGCGCGGACAAUCACCCGCUCCACUUGAGCACUAUGAGGAAGAUUACGAUGAUUACUAUGUAGACGAUCGUGACAUUUACGACGAAUAUGACAACCGUGAUAUGGCGCAUCAAUCCAAGUAUAGAGAUCGGAGGUAUAGAAAAGAGAGACCAGAACGCUUACCGCCGUCACCGCGCAUAAUGUCGCCGAUGGGAUUUCCUGUAAAACGACAGAUACGCAGACGUCCCAGCUUUGACUACGAUGAUGACUCCUACUAUGGUGAUGAUUGGAGCGACUAUUACGGUGAUAUCUCACCAAAAGAUCGCCCAGUGCCAAUCUGGUUGUGCGUAUUUUUGGUAAUCAGUUACAUUUUGGGCGGUGCAGCACUCUUUGCCUACUGGGAGAAAUGGUCGUUUUUGGACUCUGCUUACUUCUGUUUCAUAACUUUGACCACAAUCGGGUUUGGCGACUUUGUGCCCGCGAAAGGAGUGAAGGACGAAUCGCGCCAGUCAAUUGCCUAUUGUUCGUUGUAUUUGCUCUUCGGCAUUGCAUUGCUGGCAAUGAGUUUCAAUCUUGUGCAGGAGGAAUUCAUCUCCAAUGUUAAGGAGGUUGCACGUCGUUUGGGUAUUUUAAAGGACGAAGAAGACGAUGAUUAAAUGUUUCGAAGUAUUGUUUAUUAUUUAUAAAUCAGCGAAUGGCAUAUGAAACAAGCAAAAUAUUUACACACACAAACCAAAGUUUUAAGUUUAAAGUUGAAUACAUUUAGAAAUAAACAUAAGACAAAUUAAGAGCAUCUGAAAUAAAUUUGCACAAGAACAUUUUACGAAGACAUAAACGGGAGCUCAUAACGAAGGUUUAACGCAGAUUAAAUUUGUUAUUUUU